UCAAACGCAAAAAGCAGAUAAUAAAAGAAAACCAAAACCAGCAACAAAAACUGCGCGUGCCUCUGGUGUAUCUGUAUUAGUGCGUGUGCGUGUGUGUUUUGUGUUUGUGUUUGCGUCCGUUUGCAACAGAUGCUGCAAGCGUUACGCUCUGUGUGUGUGUUGUUGUUGUGCAAGGACAACAACAACAGCAACAACAACGACAACGACGCCUAAAUCGAUAAGCAUAAAAUACGUCAUCAACUGUGCGACAAGCAACAACAACAAAAACCAUGUUCAAGUGCAUUCCAAUAUUCAAAGGCUGCAACAGGCAGGUGGAAUUUGUGGACAAGCGCCACUGUUCCCUGCCACAAGUGCCCGAGGAAAUUCUACGCUACUCGCGCACCCUCGAGGAACUCUUUCUGGAUGCGAAUCACAUACGCGAUUUGCCAAAGAAUUUCUUCAGAUUGCAUCGCCUGAGAAAACUGGGCCUGAGUGACAAUGAAAUUGGACGCCUGCCGCCGGACAUACAAAACUUUGAAAAUCUCGUGGAGCUCGAUGUUUCACGUAACGAUAUACCCGACAUUCCCGAUGACAUUAAACACCUGCAGAGCCUGCAGGUGGCCGACUUUAGCUCGAACCCGAUACCGAAACUGCCAUCGGGUUUCUCACAGCUGAAGAAUUUGACAGUGCUGGGGCUGAAUGAUAUGUCGCUCACCUCAUUGCCCGCCGAUUUUGGUAGUUUGACGCAACUCGAAUCGCUGGAGCUGCGCGAGAAUCUGCUCAAGCAUCUGCCCGAAACGAUAAGUCAGCUCACAAAGCUGAAGCGCCUGGAUCUAGGCGAUAACGAAAUCGAGGACUUACCCCCAUAUCUGGGCUACUUGCCGGGCCUCCAUGAACUGUGGCUGGAUCAUAAUCAGCUGCAGCGUUUACCGCCAGAGCUGGGACUCUUGACCAAACUGACGUAUCUGGAUGUCUCGGAGAAUCGACUGGAGGAGCUGCCCAAUGAGAUGGGCGGCCUGGUUAGCCUCACCGAUCUGGAUCUGGCACAGAAUCUGCUCGAGACACUGCCCGAUGGCAUUGCCAAACUGAGCCGUCUGACCAUACUGAAAUUGGACCAGAAUCGCUUGCAGCGCCUAAACGAUACGCUCGGCAACUGCGAUAACAUGCAGGAGCUGAUAUUGACGGAGAAUUUCCUGUCUGAGCUGCCCGCCUCGAUUGGCCGCAUGACCAAGCUGAGCAAUCUGAAUGUAGAUCGCAAUGCCCUGGAGUAUUUGCCACUGGAAAUAGGCCAGUGCAGCAAUCUGGGUGUGUUGAGUCUGCGCGAUAACAAGCUCAAGAAGCUGCCGCCCGAGCUGGGCAAUUGCACGGUGUUGCAUGUCCUCGAUGUGAGCGGCAAUCAAUUGCUCUAUUUGCCCUACUCGCUGGUCAAUCUCCAGCUGAAGGCGGUCUGGCUGUCAGAAAAUCAAUCGCAGCCAUUGCUUACCUUCCAGCCGGACAUGGAUGCCGAGACGGGCGAACAGGUGCUCUCCUGCUACCUGUUGCCCCAGCAGGAGUACCAGCCUAUAACACCAGCACGCGAUUUGGAAUCAGACUCUGAGCCGUAUGAAGAGCGCGAACCUUCACGCACCAUUGUCAAGUUCUCCGAGGAGGUCAGCCAGGAGAAGGAUACGCCAUUUGUGCGUCAGAAUACGCCGCAUCCCAAGGAUCUGAAGGCCAAGGCACAGAAGCUCAAAGUGGAGCGCAGUCGACAUGAGGAGAAUGCCAAUUUGGUGGCACUGCCAGAGGAGAAUGGUACAAAAUCAGCGGUGGGAGAAAUCCCCACUGAGACACGCACCGUGGCGAAUAAUCACCAACAGAUAGUCGUGACUGCUACCAAUCACACAACAACUGCACAGCCAGCACACAAACCCGCAGCGGUGGUGAAUUCCAAGCCUGUCACAGUGGGUGCUGUUACACCAACAGCAACUGUCGUAGUUGCAGCAGCGCCACAAACCGCACAGGGUGAUUCUGUGCCAGCCACGACCAAAACCAACAGUGGCAGCAGCAGCGAGAACCCAACAGCAACAGUUGCUGAGGUUACAAUUGCUGACGAACAGGAAGACGAAUAUGAGACCGAUCGUCGCGUGGGCUUUCAGGUGGAGGGCGUAGACGAUGAUUUUUAUAAAAGGCCACCCAAGCUGCAUAGACGUGAUACACCUCAUCAUUUGAAGAACAAACGUGUACAGCAUUUGACCGAUAAGCAGGCCAACGAAAUAUUGGCAAAUGCGUUGGCCUCGCAGGAAAGCAAUUCACCAACGCCGCAGCAUUCGUUGAACAAAGUGCAGUCCCCCAUUGAGGAGGAUGCCGAUGAGGAGCAACUCGAACAGCAGGAGCAACAACCACAGCAACAACAGCCACUGCAACCAUUCGAUGCUUCGCUCUCUCCAAUACCAGCUAUUACGGCUGAAACGGCUGUUGCCCCAUCAGAUAACGUUGAUGGUGUGACGGAGCUGCGUGUGGAACAGUAUGAGAUACAUAUUGAGCGCACCUCGGCAGGAUUGGGUCUUAGUAUAGCCGGUGGAAAGGGAUCGACACCGUUUAAGGGCGAUGAUGAUGGCAUUUUCAUAUCACGCGUCACAGAAGCUGGACCCGCUGAUCUGGCUGGCCUCAAGGUGGGCGACAAAGUGCUCAAAGUGAACGGCAUUGUUGUCGUCGACGCGGAUCAUUACCAGGCCGUGCAGGUGCUCAAGGCAUGCGGCGCUGUCUUGGUGCUUGUGGUGCAGCGCGAAGUGACGCGCCUCAUUGGCCAUCCAGUGUUCAGUGAGGAUGGCAGCGUUUCACAUCUUUCUGUCGAGACGCGUCCACUGGUUGCAGAGCAGCAGCCAGUUGCCACACAGGAGCGUUACAUUCCGCCCCCCAUUCAAAUAGUUCCAGAACAGCAGCAGCCUGUGCAGCAGCUAAUGCAACAGCCACAGCAACAACUGGCGCCUGCCCAUAGCUUUUCGGGCAAUGUGUUUGCCUCCCCGACGCCAGUAGCAAAUGGAUUGAUGCUGGAGAAUGGCAAGGAUUUGAUGCCGCUGAGCUUCAUACAAUUACACACGACACUCAUACGCGAUCAGAUUGGCCAGGGAUUGGGCUUCAGCAUUGCCGGCGGCAAGGGUUCGCCACCAUUCAAGGAUGACUGCGAUGGCAUUUUCAUAUCGCGCAUCACCGAUGGCGGCCUAGCGCAUCGCGACGGCAAAAUCAUGGUCGGUGACCGUGUCAUGGCGAUUAACGGCAACGACAUGACGCAGGCCCAUCACGACGCCGCUGUUGCCUGCCUCACAGAGCCGCAGCGAUUUGUGCGGCUUGUGCUCCAGCGCGAGUAUCGUGGCCCCCUGGAGCCGCCAACGAGUCCGCGCAGUCCCGCUGUGCUCAAUUCGUUGAGUCCCUCCGGCUAUCUGGCCAAUCGACCAGCUAACUUUGGCCGCUCUGUUGGCGAUGAGCAGCCCUACAAGUAUAACACAUUGGCCACCACGCCCACGGCGACAGCAGCGACUACCAACAACAACAAUAACAACAUUUCUAAUACGCUGCCUAGCAAUAAGACAAACGGAUUUUUUGCAGCUGCAAGUGCUGCUGCGCCAGCUGCAACUGUAGCUGCUGCUCUCGCUCCAGCUGCCACUGCGGCUAACGCACACGUUGACAAGAGCACAGGUCAGCCGGUGCCAGCACCACGUCGAACCAACUCAGUGCCCCUGGGCGAUGGUGAGGGUACGUUAAAUGGCGCCGCUUCCACCAGCAGUGGUGACUCUGGCGAGGCACAGCCUCCGUCACUACGACCAUUGACCAGCGAUGAUUUUCAGGCGAUGAUUCCGGCACAUUUUCUCAGCGGCGGCAGUCAACAUCAGGUGCAUGUGGCGAGACCAAAUGAGGUGGGCGUCAGCGCUGUAACUGUGAAUGUGAACAAACCGCAACCAGAUUUGCCCAUGUUUCCAGCAGCUCCCACCGAAAUGGGGCGCGUAACCGAGACCAUCACCAAGUCAACCUUUACGGAAACGGUGAUGACGCGCAUCACCGACAAUCAGCUGGCGGAGCCAUUGAUCAGUGAGGAAGUGGUGCUGCCCAAAAAUCAAGGCUCACUCGGCUUCAGCAUCAUCGGCGGCACGGAUCACUCCUGUGUGCCAUUCGGUACUCGCGAACCGGGCAUUUUCAUUUCACAUAUUGUGCCCGGUGGCAUUGCCUCAAAAUGCGGCAAACUCCGCAUGGGCGAUCGCAUACUGAAAGUGAAUGAGGCGGACGUAUCGAAGGCCACACAUCAGGAUGCCGUGAUGGAGCUGUUGAAGCCAGGCGAUGAGAUCAAGCUGACCAUUCAGCACGAUCCACUGCCACCUGGUUUUCAGGAAAUUCUGCUGGCCAAGGCAGAGGGCGAACGUCUGGGCAUGCACAUCAAGGGUGGCUUGAAUGGACAACGCGGUAAUCCUGCGGAUCCUUCCGACGAGGGUGUCUUCGUGUCCAAAAUUAACUCGGUCGGAGCGGCGCGACGCGACGGAAGGCUUAAGGUGGGCAUGCGUCUGCUGGAGGUCAAUGGUCAUUCGCUCCUUGGCGCCUCGCAUCAAGAUGCGGUCAACGUGCUGCGCACUGCCGGCAAUGAGAUUCAAUUGGUCGUGUGCAAGGGCUACGAUAAGUCUAAUUUAAUGCAUUCCAUUGGCCAAGCGGGUGGCAUGAGCACCGGCUUUAACUCGUCGGCAUCCUGCAGCGGUGGCAGUCGCCAAGGCUCUCGUGCAUCAGAAACGGGUUCGGAGCUUAGUCAAAGCCAGAGCGUGUCCAGCUUGGACCACGAUGAGGAGGAGCGUCUGCGACAGGACUUUGACGUAUUUGCGGCACAGCAACCCGACAUUGUGGCCAUGCAAGAGCCCACCAGCCAAACGGGCUUAGCAGCUGCGGCUGCCUUGGUGCAUGGCCCACCCUCGCCCUCCCCCAAACCAACCACACCGAUUCCGUCCUCUGGAUCCGCGAUGCCCGCUGACUUGCCGCUAUCUGACACAGCAGCCGCGCAGACUGUGGCGCUUAUUCACGCCGAACAAUCGCACCAGCAACAACAACUACAGCCGCAGACACAAGUGGCAACAAUUGGGCAGGAGAAGAGCACCCAGGAGAAGGUGCUGGAAAUUGUGCGCGCAGCGGAUGCCUUUACCACCGUGCCACCGAAAUCACCGUCAGAGCAUCAUGAACAGGAUAAAAUACAAAAGACAACGACGGUUGUUAUAUCGAAGCAUACGCUCGACACGAAUCCUACCACACCCACAACACCAGCACCACUGCCUCUUUUGCCAGCGGAGUCAACGACCGCUGUGACUGCUGCUGCUGCUGCUGCACCAGUUGUUGCACAGACGCAGACGCAGACACAAACCAAUCCCAGCCAGCAACCAACUCAACAGCAACAACAACAACAACAGCAGCGCGGAACACAAACACCGGAGCGACUGGCGCCUGGAUCACGUUACUCCUAUCAGCAAAUGCUGGAAGCUCAGGACUUAGAGCAGAGCAGCCGAACGAAAGAGCCAACGGCCACGACGCCCAAGAAGGCCGAACCGGUUUAUAUUAUAGACGACGAUGAUGAUGAUGACGAUGACGACGACGACGACGUCCAAAACGAGAUUGAUGUCAUUGCCGAAGAGGACGAGGAGGAAUCUUCACCUCCCACUGACAUGCAGUCGCCGCCUUCAUACGUCGACACCGACUCCGAUUACAAUGAGCGUCCGCGCGGACGCUACACCAGCGAUUCGGAGAGCGAUUAUCGCCCCUAUAAGCCGACGCGCUCCGGUCGUAGUACACCGGAAUAUGGAGGACAUCGCAAGUCCGUCAGUUUCGAUCUGAGCGGCGAUGAGCACUCCAAGUCGGACUAUGAACGUUCACGUUCUCGCACACCGGAUCGAUUCGCACGCGCCUACGACUCAGAGCAGGACACGCGCACGAAGUCCGCCAGCCGCAUGCCACGUAAGGGCAUCCUUCGCGCCACCAGUCCCAGUUCCUCGACCAGCUCCACGCUGGAGCGUCAAUCCGAAAGGCCAGCGCCUAUUGUGCCAACAGUGGCGCGCAUACGUGAGGUGGAAUCCCCACAGGUGCAGCGCGUUUCACGCGCCACAUCGCCCGACCGUCCCGGCGAACUGGAACGGGAGAAUCCCUUCCGUAACGCCCAGUCUAUCGAAGAUGAUGAAUACACUCAGAUUGCCAAGGCUAUCAGCAUGUCGCCGCGUUCACCGCGCGAUCAGUUCUUCUUUGGUGCCUCGCGUUCCAGUGAGGAUCUGCUCGAGCAGUCGCACUCCAGCGGACGCAGCACACCCAGCACCGUCAUCUCCAAAUCGACGGAGAAUUUGACGGGCACGAGACCUAAAGUGCCGCCACCAACGCUGCCCAAGCCGCAGCUCAAGAAGGCCGAUCUAGUGCGCAAUGUGGCCUUGGAGACGUUCCAGGCCACCGAUGUGGGCCAGGGAGACUUUGCGGUAUUCGAGCACGAUGCCAGCACAAAUACCAUACACCAGCUGCCCAAGCUGCCGGUGCGCAUGGCCAGCAAGACGACACCACGACCACGCGAGUGUCCACCUCCGCCGCCCGUCAACUACUCCACGUUGCCCCACUCGCCACGGCCCAAGUUCGAGGAAUCUGCGUAUAUGGAGGCUCUGCCGCCAGCGCAACGGCGACCACACGAUUUCCUGCACGAGAACUCUCCGGACAACAUACUGGUUACGACGGAGCAGCAUCGUGACUUUCUACUGCGCGAGAAUGAGAUGAGGAAUCAGCUGCGAGCGCCCCAUGAACCAGCACCGCCCAUACCAUUCAACAGUAGCAGCGGUGGCAGCAACAACAAUAACUUUGCGGUAAACAACCCUUUUCUAGAUUGUUGUGAUACAGACAUUGACAGCCUGCCACUGCCCCCACCGCCCCCAAUACAAUCAUCACCACCAGAAACACCACCUACAACGCCCGUCCAGCACUCACGUCAUUUGCAUGAGCCGCCACUAACCGCUGUCGCCACUAACGCAUCAACAUCUUAUUCUCCCAUUGCCAAUGCUAACAACAACAACUAUUUGAUGGAUGCCGCGGCACAGCAGCUGCUGAUGGCGCCAGCUUCGCCCGCACAAAUCUUUCCCACGGCCCAAAUACUGCCCGUCCAAUAUGCCAGCCUACCACAGCCGCAGCAGCCUAACAAACUCACAUUGGGUGGUGGUGGUGCGGCACAGUCGCAGUCGCAGUCGCAGCCCAUUUUCAAUCUGCUGCUGCUGCCCGGCGAUCAGCAGCUUUAUCUGCAAGCGUCCACGACUUCAUCGUCGCCGGCAGCAGCACCACAAUUAUUACCGUUAUCACCUGCUGGCGAGAAUGCGCCGGUAUUGGCAACGCCCAAAAAAACUCCUAAAUCGGUGUCCGAUAAAAAACGAUUCUUUGAGUCUGCAAUGGAGGACCAACACAAGCCCACACAAAAAACAGAGAAAGUAUUUUCAUUCCUGUCAAAGGAUGAAGUCGAAAAGUUGCGCCAAGAAGAGGAGAAGAAAAUUGCAACACUGCGUCGUGAUACGAAAUCCAGAUUAUUAGAUGCCGCCAAUGACAACAUUGACAAGGACGAUGACAGGCAUGCUGAUGAUAAGCAGCAGGACAACUACGCUGACAACAGCAACAGCAGCUCGAACAACAGCGACAACGAGGACGACGACGACGAUGACCACAACGAUGCUUAUGACGAGCAGGAGACGACCAGCCGGACCAGUCGUAAGGAUGUCGUUGAUAACGCUUUGCUGGCUCAGCUCGAUGAAGCGGAGGACAUUAGAACCGCACCAAGUCCGGCUCAAACAACGCACGCGCCCAGCAAAAUACCCACGCAGCUCAAGCAGCAGCAGCCGCCGCAGCAGCAGUAUGUCAAGGCCACGCCCACGACAGUGCCUGCUAGCGAUACGCCCAAGCCCUCGUUGCUGCCGAAGCCAAAGGUCAAAGUUGUGAUGCCGCCCGCGCUGCAGCAACGCCUUUGGCAGCACCAACAACCACAGUCCCAGCACCAAUCUCAGCCCGAGGAGCCAACCAUACCCGAGGAGGAGCAAGCUGCUACAACGCCCACCAGCUCCGGCAGUCGCAUACCCGUGCGCACAUUGAAGGCUGAGCGCCGCGCCCAAGCAGCAGCUGCUCGCCAGGCAGGCGUCAGCCUGGAGGAGUACCUCCUUCAGAUGGGGGAGGAGCAGCAGCUGGAACGGAAUCACGACACCUCACCAACUACGCCCACGUCGCCUGCGGGCAAAAGCCGCGUCAUGAUGAAUGCCGAGAAGCGUGCCUCUUGGCGUGCCGCACGUUUGCGCUCCUUGGAACAGGGCGCGGUCGAGGCGCAGGAUGUGAUCAAGAAUAUGCGUAAGAUGACCGACGAUUUGAUCACGCAUGAGGCUAAGGCCAGCGAGCCGAAAAUAGUAUUUCCAAAAAUUGCCAUAAAAUCAAGCGAUGGUCCGGUCAUCGUGCGCGAACGUGAGAAAAUACUCGAUGAGAAAAUCGUGCGACGCACUGAGGAGGUACCAUGCCCCAUAACGGGGCAACCUCAAUUGCGUACAGUCGAGUACAUUGAGAAAAUCAUCGAGACGGAGGUGGAGACCUGCAAAGAGCGCAUCAUAUCGUUAGAGCUGCAAGUGCCUGAGGCCGACGAAGGAACACUUGAUGAUACACAACCACCGCUGGAGCUGCAGGCAGAUGAUGAUUUCGACAACGAUGACUACGACGAGGACGAGAACGACGACGAUGAUGAUGAUGAUGAUGACGAUGAUGAGGAGGAGGACACUGCCUCCAUUGUAACGGUGCAGGCAAACAGCGACAAACUGUUUCUGCGCCAAGAUGCCGAUGCCUAUGGCCCAUCGUCCAUUGAGAGCGCCGCGUCGGGCAAGGUACGCAUUAAAGCGACGCCACUUACAAUGCACCAGACGCUGGCCAAGGAGACGACCAUUGUCGAGGUGCUGAAUCCCGUCAUUGGUGGCGACGGUAGUGCGCGCACAAUACAAGUGAGUGGCACGCCCUUCGACAUGGAUGAACUGGAGGAGGGCGCGACCUCGCUGCUGCGCAGCGAAACUUUUGUGCUGCUCACUGGGGGCGAUGGCGGAGGCGCUGGCAAGUCGGAGCUGUCAUUAAAUGCAAAAAUGAAGAAUGUGCUUGAGGAGCUGCUAGAGAAUAAACGCGUUAAAUUGAAUUUGCAAAAGAGCCUCGAGGAUAACAGUGACAAGGAUGGGGAAGACGACGGUGACGACGACGACGACGACGAGGCUGAUAAUGUAUAUGUAGAUGCACGCGAUGACGAUGAGAGCGCCUAUGUCGAUGCCAUGGAGGAUGUUGUUGACUUUGGCCUUACAGCGGUACCUACAGGUAGAAAUAAAGUGGAGGACGAUGCCAAGAAUGGCAAUCAGCAGCUGCUGGAGGCGCUCAUAAGAGACAGCAAUCGCAAUACCAUUAUGGGUAAACUAGCUAGCCAAUUGGCAGCGAACAAUGACGACGAUGACGAAGAGGAGGACGACGACGAGGAGGAGGAAGACGAGAGUAGCGAUUCUUCAGACGAUGAUAGCGAUGAGUCCGAUGAGGAUGACAAUGCCGAAGAGCAAUUAAAUAUUGCCUACGUGCAGGGCGCACAGGUAAUCGAGAAUCUCAACACUGGGGCGACGGGCAGCAAACUGCAAAAGUCACAGACCUACAACACCAUGAGGCAGGCGGAACAGGCACAGGAUCCGGAAGAGGCUGUGGAGGAGGAGAAAGAGAAGGAGGAGCAAGCAAGUGGCAAGGCACAGAGUACAUCACCCUGUGGCGACACACUUGCCCAGCUACAGGCCGAGCAGCGUGCCCUGGCAGAGAUCUCAAAACAGCUGCGCAAGUCUGUCGAGGAUUUGCUCAGCGCCGAUGGCACCGGUUCAGUGGUGGAAACGCAACGCACCUACACUCUGCCAGCGUCCAGUGACAAUGCCGCCGUUGUCACCGUCACCGAGGUGGUGAAGAAACAAAAGAAAAUUGGACGCCCCUCAAGCUCUGGUGAAUCUGGCGAGGCUAUAUUCAAUCGUCUGCUCAGCGCCGGCGAGUCACAGCGUCAGAUAUUCGAUCAGCAGCAGGGCGAAACUAUCACAACCACCACCACAACCACUGAAGCAUCGCCGGCAACUUCAGCAUUGGCAGCGGCUGGCGAGCCCAGCACCAGUGUGGUAACCACAACGCGCACUGUCUCCAACAUUGUCACCAGUGGCAUUCCGAGGCUCGAGACAAGCAAGCAGCAAACCAGUCGCAACAACAAUACCAACAACAACAACAACCGCAGCAAAAACAAGCGCAAAGCCAAGAAGAAAUAGGCGACAGGGUGUGACAAAUUGCGCAUACCACACAUG